AUGGACUUUGGCAGCAACGCACAAGAAGAAGAUAUGUCAGAUGGCGCAAAUAGGGGAACUAAGAGGAAACACAGCGACGCCAGUAAAGACCCUCCCCAGCUUAGUGUUAAACUUCCCCUCAUGAAUGGUAUCCAGUCACCAACAAAGGAUCGGAAUCAUGCACGCCUUCCUGUCGACAUUUUGUUACUGACUGUAAAGGACUGUGAGUUCUUAGCUUGUUAUAUGCACCUGAACAAUCCGUUCAGAUGUUGGUUCGAUGGUCUAGGUUUUGUUUACUUCGAGGGCGAGAAUGAAGGCCAAGAGGAGAAAGUAAAAGUUGCUCUAUUGCGAUGCCAUGAAGGUUCUAGUGGUCCGGGAGGCUCCAUAGUUACUACGAAAAAUGCUGUCUCAGUGCAUAUGCCCAAGGCAGUUAUUUUAGUGGGAACGUGCGGUAGCCUCCGUCCUGAGGAAACCAAAUUGGGUGAUGUUGUGAUUUCUGCAAAGUUGACAACAUAUGGAGUGAAGGUUGUGACAGAUGAUAAAGAGCUGCACAAUAAUACAAGAACGUUUGCCAGCAGACGAUUUCUUAACCUCAUUAAGGAUUCAGCUCUUGGCUGGGAGGCUCCUUUGGAGAACUCGGAAGAUCGAGAAGUCAAAAUUCACAGCAGGGGUGAGCUGUUGAGCGUUCCAGAAGUAAUCAAUACAGAAUUGCGGCGUAAACAUCUGGCUGAAACCUUUCCUCUGGCAGUGGCUGUUGACACCGAAGCCGAAGGUAAUGAAAUCCCGUGCGGGGAGGGGGUGGGAAGUUGGGGGCUGGGGUGUUAUAGCAAAAAAAGAAAAAAAAUAGUUCGUCCAUGGCAACGCGUCCUUUUUAAUUCCCUUAGCGGCAGGUUUAAAAACGAGUGCGAGAUUUAACGAGCGCGCAAUCAAACUUGAUUGAAAUGGCAAUGCGACUGUCGCUUCAUUAAUAACGAUCGCCGUCGUCGCGACUUCGAUUUUGUCGAAAACACCCAGGCAGUGGCUCACCUUUUCGAUAAUCUGUUCAGGCAGCCUUUCAGGUUUUUAAAAGAUUACAGGUUUUGAGAACGCACCUUUCAAUUUGAUAUCCUGCCAUUUAUUUCAUUUCUCAGCUAUACUCAAUGGUCCAUUUAUGAGUGGUGCCGCUGUUUCUGUUGCAGGACUUUACACAGCUGCAUUUGACCUCCAGGUUGAAUGGCUUGUUGUAAAGGGAAUUGCUAGUUAUGCAGAGGGAGGAGAGAGUACAAAUGAAAAAUGGCGCCAAUUUGCAAGUGUUAAUGCCGCUUCUCUAGUUGCCAAGAUUUUAAAUGAUGAUGUUGUCUUCAAACGAUGGCCUCAUUAUCAAGGAAACGAUGAUAAUGUUAUCAAAGGUAGGUUUGUUUAGUAUACACAAUAUAUAAUAUAGUNAUCGGAAUCAUGCACGCCUUCCUGUCGACAUUUUGUUACUGACUGUAAAGGACUGUGAGUUCUUAGCUUGUUAUAUGCACCUGAACAAUCCGUUCAGAUGUUGGUUCGAUGGUCUAGGUUUUGUUUACUUCGAGGGCGAGAAUGAAGGCCAAGAGGAGAAAGUAAAAGUUGCUCUAUUGCGAUGCCAUGAAGGUUCUAGUGGUCCGGGAGGCUCCAUAGUUACUACGAAAAAUGCUGUCUCAGUGCAUAUGCCCAAGGCAGUUAUUUUAGUGGGAACGUGCGGUAGCCUCCGUCCUGAGGAAACCAAAUUGGGUGAUGUUGUGAUUUCUGCAAAGUUGACAACAUAUGGAGUGAAGGUUGUGACAGAUGAUAAAGAGCUGCACAAUAAUACAAGAACGUUUGCCAGCAGACGAUUUCUUAACCUCAUUAAGGAUUCAGCUCUUGGCUGGGAGGCUCCUUUGGAGAACUCGGAAGAUCGAGAAGUCAAAAUUCACAGCAGGGGUGAGCUGUUGAGCGUUCCAGAAGUAAUCAAUACAGAAUUGCGGCGUAAACAUCUGGCUGAAACCUUUCCUCUGGCAGUGGCUGUUGACACCGAAGCCGAAGGUAAUGAAAUCCCGUGCGGGGUGGGGGUGGGAAGUUGGGGGCUGGGGUGUUAUAGCAAAAAAAGAAAAAAAAUAGUUCGUCCAUGGCAACGCGUCCUUUUUAAUUCCCUUAGCGGCAGGUUUAAAAACGAGUGCGAGAUUUAACGAGCGCGCAAUCAAACUUGAUUGAAAUGGCAAUGCGACUGUCGCUUCAUUAAUAACGAUCGCCGUCGUCGCGACUUCGAUUUUGUCGAAAACACCCAGGCAGUGGCUCACCUUUUCGAUAAUCUGUUCAGGCAGCCUUUCAGGUUUUUAAAAGAUUACAGGUUUUGAGAACGCACCUUUCAAUUUGAUAUCCUGCCAUUUAUUUCAUUUCUCAGCUAUACUCAAUGGUCCAUUUAUGAGUGGUGCCGCUGUUUCUGUUGCAGGACUUUACACAGCUGCAUUUGACCUCCAGGUUGAAUGGCUUGUUGUAAAGGGAAUUGCUAGUUAUGCAGAGGGAGGAGAGAGUACAAAUGAAAAAUGGCGCCAAUUUGCAAGUGUUAAUGCCGCUUCUCUAGUUGCCAAGAUUUUAAAUGAUGAUGUUGUCUUCAAACGAUGGCCUCAUUAUCAAGGAAACGAUGAUAAUGUUAUCAAAGGUAGGUUUGUUUAGUAUACACAAUAUAUAAUAUAGUGCUCACUUUCAUAUUGUGCUGUUGUUACUGACGUAACGAUAUCUUGGAAAACCCAAGGAGAUACUAAGGGUUAUUUUUCCUAUGUCGCUUAGAAUAAGACGAUUUAAAAUGGAAAGGCAAUAAGAGAAUGCUUAAGCCUUUAAAUAACCACUUAAUCAGUAAACCUUUGCGUAUCCGCGGGUAAAGGUAAUAUAGUGAAGUUAAAUACAUUUUGCCUGAUCAGGUCCCUGUUAAUUCUCGUGUCUCGUCAGUGUCAAAAAGAAUUUUUAUUACAAAGAAAAAUUUGACGUUGAUCACUUUCCACACGAAUCUGACAGCCAUGAAACCGCAUUUUUUUUACCUGGAUUCAUGAGAGUGGACGUGGUCUUUAACAAGGGUCUCAAUGGGGUGAUAGCUUUGGGGGUUGACGGUUAAUUUUUUCCAAAUUUUUUGCUCAUAAAUAUAUUUUCAGAUACAAGUAGGUUGUAAGGUCUUGUAAUGCCAAGAAAGAGUGUCUUUGAGGGGCCAGAAUCCCGUGAAGAUCAGCUGAAAUAGUGAGAAUUGAAAUUACUCUCAGACCACUUAAAAUCUACCGUUGCCUGAAUUCAAACCCGCCCCCCACUUAGACUGCGAAUAUAAAGAGGUUACUGAACAAACCGCUUCAUUAACACUGAGUAUUCAUUUGGACUGUCACAUAUUUGAGUUACUUCCAGAGGCGGUAGUUAAAUUAAAUUGCCAUCUUUAUAUUAUAGUUGGACUUUAUGUAUUUGCUUUUUUACUUCAUUUGAUAUCAAAGGCCAUGCAAAUAAGCGUUAAAGUUUCAUUGUUUCCUUUUGUUUGCCUUGGUCACCAAAAAGUGCGAAUCAAAUUUGACUGUCAUUCUUUAUAAUUUACGUCUAAAGGUGUGAGGCCAUCGCCCUUGGCAACUUCUCUCCCUAAUAUGGUACCUUAUUUUACUGGGCGUCGAAGCGAAUGUGAUGAGAUCAUGGGUUACUUGACUUCUGAUACCACCCAGUUCGUGUCGAUCUGGGGUUCACCUGGAUUUGGAAAAACAUCUGUUGCAAUUGCGGUGGGACACGAUCUCCAACACAAGGGAAUGCCCGUCUGUUGGUUGUCCUUACGUGGUCUGAAGGCAAAAACAGCUCUAACUUCAAAGAUUCUGGGCUGUAUCAGGCGAUCUGUCAUAAAUGAACAGCCCUCGUUUUUGCGUCUUUCUCUUGAUGAUCAGCUUUGUCAGCUAUUAAGCGAAAUUUCGGAACGAUCUUUUUUCAUUCUCGAUAAUGCUGACGAUUUGUUUGAAAGUGGUGACCCAAAAGUAAAGGAAGAUGUUUUACAACUCAUUGAAGAAAUUCUCAGGCGCAAUGAAAAGUUGAAAAUCGUAGUAACAACGAGGGAGUCUCUGGAGUUUAUGAACGUACAUUUUCAACGCCACAAGAGUGUAAGGAUAAGAACAUUAGAAGAAGCCUCUGCUCAGACCUUAGUUCAUGAAUUUCUUUCAAACGCCAGUUCUUCAGACUAUCGGCGAAUAACGAAAAUCUGUGGCUUUGUACCCUUAGCAAUUAGAUUAUUGUGCUCCUCGAUUUCUGAAUAUGAAGGUCAACCGAGCCAGUUUCUUGAUGAAUUAAUGCAGGACUCCGCUUCAGUGAGUAUCAUCGAGGUGCUAGACAUCCCAGAUUAUCCUUCCAAUCUCCGGUUGCAAGGUCUUUUUUCCUCAUCUUUCCAAAGACUAAAUGCACAGGAAAGAGAAGCACUAGUGUCGUUGAGCAUUCUUCCUGAUAAUUUCGGUACUGAGGUUGCUGCUGCCGUUUUGGAUAAAAACAUUAUUCUCUCCUUGAAGAUACUGCAAAGCUUUCGGAGAAAGUCACUUCUUGAUUUGGGUUUGCAGGAAGAGUUCUUCACGAUGCACAAACUGAUUCAAACAUUUGCAAGAGAAAAGGGACUAAAUGAAAUGAAAGACACGGUCCUUAAAUCAAAGCACCGUUUGCAUUCGUUUUACGUGUCACUGUUUGAGAAGCUGAAUGGGCAAUAUCUCACUGGUCAUUCAAUGGAGGCCUUUCUGGCAUUCUAUAAAGAUGAGCAAAGCAUUGUUCAAAGCCUUCUGGAGUCUCUCUCUGAUCCCAUUACAGCACGCGCAGUUUUUGAGGUGUUAGCUGAGGGAGAGUUAUUUCUUGAUAACCUUUAUUUCUCUGAGGGAUCAACCUUUUUCAAAAUUUACGAUUCAGCGAUUGAGGCUGCGAAGAGGCUGGAGGCAAACGAGUCUUACAGUCAACUACUGGUUUCAAAGGCGUUCGGAGAAGCAUCUUGGAGACCGGAGAGAAUUACGACGCAGUUGCUUUGUAGAGCGAAGGAAACUGCGGAAUCCUCGGCCCUGCCAUUAGUUUCCAAGUCAGAACUACAAGGAAAACGCCUGUGUUAUUUAGGCAUCAACUACCUUGUUAACGCUAAAACUGAAGAAGGAGUUCAGUCUUUGCGAGAGGCUCUUCAGUUGAUGCAUGGACGCCCAGAUUUGGCAGUCCUUAGGCUUGUUGCUCUCCAAAUUCUAAGUCAUUUUUCCCAAAUUCAAAGCCAUAUGGUCGACUCGAAUCAGUCACUGUACAGUGCAAAAAAGGAAUGCAAGGCGGUAGGAGACAUGGAUCUACUUUUGAUAUUCUCAGGGAAAAACGAAGAGAGAAAAACUGAAGUAGAAGAAAACCAAACAGACUCUAGCAUUCUUUCUAACCAUCCUCUAAGAUGGCAAGUACUUGACCUUGUAAGCAAGGCAACGAAGAACUUCGUGGAUAGUAAUACUAAGCAACAUCUUCGAAAUAUUUCGCGUAAAAUGGUGAAAGAGAUCGAAAUAGAGCAGCACGUUUCAAGCGGUCUCUUUCGUUUUCAUCGAAAUGUUAUAACCUUAUUUGAGACAAGUGGAGACAUUAAAAUGCUCCUUGAAUCAAGAAUCAGUUACCAUCAAACAGCUCUCAGUCAAUGCCACGAAAAUUCCUCCGCUUACCACGUGCACAGUGAAGCUCUUGCAGCGUGUUAUAUGGAUCUUGGAAAAGUUCUCUCCCGGAAAAAUCAAUAUUCUGAAGCCUCUAAAGCCCAACAGCAAGCACUAGGCUUGUCAAUGCCUCUUGAGGGAGAAGAACACGCAAGCACCGCUGAUAGUUAUCAUGGGCUUGGCGUCACUCACCAUUCACUUGGAGACUUCAAAGCAGCACUAGAUUCUGAGCAGCACGCACUUGAGAUCCGUCUUAAACUGUUCGGAGAAGAACACGAAAGCACCGCUUAUAGUUAUCAUGAGCUUGGCACCACUCACCAUUCACUUGGAGACUUCAAAGCAGCC